CCCCCAAACGCGUCUCCCUGCACCUCAGCAUCAAUGCUGAUCAGCAUGAUCCACGCUUUUCUAUUGAUUGAAUAAAUUUCUUCUUUCUAGAUUGGCAUUACCCAUAUAUCUCAACACAGCUGUUUCUGCUUUAUAUGAGACUUACAUCUGCACUACUGACCAUUGAGCUGUGAUAACUGACAAAACCAUGUGGUACAUAGAUCACUCACUCAACAAUAGAUUGGUGUCAGUAGCUGUGCAGGAUCGUGGUUGCCCGAUCUCAUCUAGACUCUACCUUAUCUAGCAGGUAAGCAGGGUCUACUGACGCUCCUUCCCACUGGUCUGCUGACAUCAUUCGUUUGUAGGGUAGUUUACUUGUAACACUCGGCGCCAUGUCCGAUCCCUCAUUGGGUGCCACUGAUGGCAUGAACAAUAAAAGAAAGCGCGAAAGCACUGACAGCACCGGGCCUGAUGCUCAGCGAUUGAACCGCUCCUCCAACGGAAGUAACGGCAGUAUUCCAGGCCCAGAUACCCAACCUAAUUUCGGUCAUACCUCGCUCGCAUCUUAUGAUACUCAUGGCCUCCCUGGUGCAGCAUCGGAGCUUAAUAUUGACCAGCAAAUUCUCCAGCAUGUCGGUCCGCAGAACGGUAUCUCUGAUGAGAAUGCUCUGACUGCUAAAGCUGCUCUAGCCGCGCACCAACCGCAGAAUAAAUACCCACCUCCCCCAGACGCGACAUUUGACAGUAGCCUUCCGCAUGGCCUGACGUUCGGAGACGAAAUGGGCCAAGCGAUAGGUGGCGCUCAUGGCCAUAAUUCUACCGCCGCUGCUGUCUAUGCUGCGCGCGAAGCGCAGAGCAUGAACCAAAAGCCCUCCGUUGGGUCGCCGGAAUGGCAUCAGAUCCGCAAGAACAAUCACAAAGAAGUGGAACGCCGACGUCGUGAGGCGAUCAAUGAAGGUAUCAAUCAGAUUGCUCGUCUUGUUCCAAAUUGCGACAAGAACAAGGGUGCUAUUCUGCAACGCGCGAUUGAGUACAUUUGUCAGCUUCAUGACGAAAAGAAGGCAAUGAGCGAGCGAUGGGAGCAGAAUAACAUGACUACGAGUCAUGCCAUCAACGAGAUCAGCGCACAAAACUCCAAAUUAAAAGUCGAAGUCAACCGCCGUGGAGACAUUGCGCUCAAAUGGUUGCAACGCUGUCGCGAUGCAGGCCUCGAGUUUGACGAUUAUGAGGAGGCCAAAGAGCUGGAGCCUCUUGAGGUUGAUCAGGGCCAGGUUUGACAUCCGGUUCACUUCUCUUUGCGUAUACAUUAGUCGCGAGACUUCCUUUCUGCGAUGAUCUUCGUUCCGUUCUACACGUGCCACGACUUAUUUUCUUCUCUUUUUGAAGGCUGGGAAUCCUGACAUAACCACUCUUUCUCGACAUCUCCUUUCCUCUUCACAUCUCGACUGUCCUCCCUCCCUUGAACAAACUUUUUCAGAUUUGCUGUGAUGCCAUCUGGCAACAGCAUCGUGUUUUUAUUGAAUUUGCAGGUACAGUCUGAGUUCAUCUUCCACUGGGAGUGAGUACGUGACUAGUCUUUACACGCUAAUUGUUUAAGCCUGGGUUCGGUUUUCUGCUAUGUUCUCUUCUCUAUUCGCGUUACCCCUUCUGAAAUUCCUUUUUUAUUUUUUUUAUUUCCUUUCGUGUACGCUAUCUUUAAGGAUGGGUCGGCGAAACUAUGGCUGGGAGUGUGUUUAAUACGGAUGCUGAAGCCUGCGAUAUUGCAGCGCGUUAUCGGAAUGCAAUUCUUCACUUUGAAUCUUGCCCUGUAGUUGAAAACAUCAUUUCGAUGGUUUAUAGGCUUUUAUGUGAGCGGCUUAGUUUUGUAACACGCUAUAGUGGUAUUCAAAAAUCGAACUUUU